AUGGGAAACAGAUUUUCCAGAAAGCGAGAUACCCCGACCAGCGGUGAUGAAACCGCUGCCGCUGAACAGACGACCGCAGAGGAGCCAGCACCCGCACCGGCAGCAGAAGUAACGCAGACUCAAGAGGCCGUUGACGUACAGAAUCUAGAAGUGGUUUUGGCCGAGCCUGUGACACCGGUGGCGUGUUUACCAUCUGAAGAGUGUGUGGCAGUGUGUAAAGGGGCGGACGCUCCUCCUGCUGCCCCUGAACCAGAGCCUGUGGCAAAGGAAACCCCAGCGCCGAUCGAACCUGAGCCUACUGUCUCAGUCAGUGCACCAUCCCCUCCAGAACCAGAACCUGUUGCAGCACCAGAACCUGUUGCAGCACCAGAACCUGUAGCUGAACCAGAACCUGUUGCAGCACCCGAACCUGUUGCAGCUCCAGAACCAGUCCCCGAAGCCCAAGUAGCUCCAGAACCUGUUCCUGAACCAGAACCCAUCUCCGAGACAGAGUUGACUUCAAAUCUAGAACCAGAAGUCGAGGCGGUCCCCGAGCCCGUCCCAGCCCCCGUGGAGUCUCCGGAGCAGCUGACAGAACUGCUUACUCAAGAGCCCCUCCCUGAGCCAAUGCUUCUCUCAUCGCCUCUGAUCGAUCUGGGCGUCCCGGAUGCGGCUCCUGAACCUGUCGACAUCCCUGAACCCGUCAGUGCAGUCGAGCCCGUAGACAUCCCUGCUGUUGUUGUUGCUGAAGACCAAGAAGGAUCCGAGGUUCCCGUUGUUUCGACAUUGGAGGAGGAGACACCGGCGUUUCUGGAGAAGCUCAUCGAGGUGGAGGCGGCAGAAGAUUUGGAGAACCUGGUGAAUGAUGUCAACAUGGAAAACGUUAACGGACUACUAAAGAACUUGGAGCUGAAAGGAAAUGACCUUCUCGCUGAUCUCAUUCCCACCGAUGUCCCCGACGACACUCUCAUCACAAACAUGAGCACUCCCGCUGAGCUGAUGUGAAUCCACAAAACAAGAAGAGGAAAAUGUGAAAAGUUGUUUUUCUUUCUUCUGUGAAAUCCUCUUAACCCUGUCCAAUGAAGUCUGAAAGAAUCACAGAUGCUUUUUGAUUGUCUUACAUUCUAAGGGGCCUAAAGAAGUCAAACAGCUAUCUCUUGUCAAAAUGAAACCUAAUGUGCCAAAUGAACUCAAGAUCAGACUGUUUUGUCACACACAAAAAGUACAUAUUUGGCAUGUCCUGUAUGUUUUUGAUACAGUUAUAAAGCCACCGGGUGUGUAGGUGAAGGGUUAAGGGAUUCAAAACAUCACAGGGGAUAUUUGUGAACUUCAGUGUAUUGUUGGACAUCAGAGAUCCUUCUCUAUGCAAAAUUCACUAAACAAGAUUUUAAAUAUAUCUUUUUUUUUCAUUGCUAUGUAAAAAAAAACAAAAAAACAAAAAAAAACAACUGUAUAAGGAUAGUGAUUAAAAUUGAAUUUUAAAAUCUUUUCCAAGGUGUUUAUGGGAAUGCACAGCACUUGUAAGUUAAUGCAAAAAAUGACAGGCAAGGGACAGUAGCAAUGCAAAUAUGGAGACGGUUUUGUGCAGAAUGCUAUUUAGCAAGAUUACAAGUGUCCAAUAUACGUUUAUUCCUUUAACAUACUCAUAUUGGGACCUUGCAAUAUUCCUCUAACCGGUGUGAUCACCAUUCAAUUGUUAUUUUAAUACAAUGAAAUGGUAACUUUUUUUUAACCCAAGUAGUGGUUUGCUUGUGAAAAUAAAAAUAUUAUUCCAUA